AUGGAGUUAGAUCAUCAUCAAGUGGAUCCACUCCAUCCAUCAGACGACGUUCUGAUUCAGAAUUCGGGACAAGUCGAAGAGAUUCACUCACUUCCAGCCACUCCACAAGCUGUUCGAAUCGUCGAAGUCGUCGAAGAAGUUGAUCAUUCUUUCGAGUUGAACACAGAACUACUCGAACAGAUUCUUUUGAAUCCGAAAGUUGCUGAUAAAAAGGUUGCCGUAAUCGGUGUCGCCGGAGCCUACCGUAAGGGAAAAUCGUUCCUUCUCAACUUCUUUCUUCGCUAUUUGACAUGGAGAUCGAAGGCUGAUAAGGUUAUGGGAGAAAUCGACUUGGAGAACUCUCAAUGGAUGUCGCCGAAUUCCCCGUUAUCCGGAUUCUCAUGGCGUGGUGGAAGUGAGAGAGAUACGAAUGGAAUAUUGAUUUGGAGUGAACCAUUUCUGAUGAAAGACAAGAACGGAGAGGAGAUUGCAGUCCUUUUAAUGGACACUCAAGGAGCAUUCGACUCACAAUCGACUGUCAAGGAUUGUGCCACAAUCUUUGCGUUGUCUACGAUGAUUUCUAGUGUUCAGUCGAUCGACCCAUGUGCCCGAUUGAUCAAGGAUAACGUCUUCGGAGACAGUAUGAAUUCCGAUGAAUGUCAUUGUACGCCCGAUUCCACUCGAGCAGUGAACCACCACUGGGCUCUGGAAACGUGCUGGGAUCUGCAAAAAAAGAUGAUUUCCGUUGAAUUGAGCCCAAAUUUUGGAGCAAUUUGA